UAACUCUGCUGAUUGAUCUUGUCGUCCAGUAUUCAGCGUAGACGUUUCAGUUUAGUCACACACGCACAAGCCAGUAUCAAUUGCGCAACAGCAAAGUCCUAGUUUCACCGUAUAACUCUAUCGUAACGAGCUUACGCUCCAAGCUACUUCACGCAAUUUUAAAUUUGGCAAGCGCUGGGCAUCUGCCUUGGUCGCUGGUCGAUCACGUUACGGUAACAGCGCGCGAACAACAAUGCGGGCCCUCAUCCUUGUCGGCGGCUACGGCACGCGUCUGCGUCCGCUUACGCUGAGCUGCCCAAAGCCGCUCGUGGAGUUUGCUAACAAGCCCAUGAUCAUCCACCAAAUCGAGGCGCUGAAGUCAGCCGGUUGUACUGAGGUCGUCCUCGCCAUUAACUACCAGCCCGAGGUUAUGAUGGGCUUCAUCGAAGAGUGGCAGGAGAAGCUGGGUGUGAAAAUUGUCUGUUCCCAGGAGAAAGAGCCCAUGGGGACUGCCGGACCGCUCGCCCUGGCGCGUGAGACCCUCGAUGAUGGCAAAGGCACGCCAUUCUUUGUCCUUAACAGCGAUGUGAUUUGUGACUACCCCCUCAAGGAUAUGUUGGACUUCCAUAAGGCCCGAGGUGCUGAGGCGACAAUUCUAGUAACGAAGGUCGAUGAUCCGACGAAGUACGGCGUGGUCGUCAUGGACGAGUACGGUCAAGUGCAGCGCUUCGUGGAGAAGCCAAAGGAGUUCGUGGGUGACAAGAUUAACGCGGGCAUCUACGUCUGCAGCCCGUCUAUCCUGAAGCGUAUCGAGCUGCGCCCUACAUCCAUCGAACGCGAGGUCUUCCCACACGUGGCCGCAGACAAUAUGCUGUAUGCCUACACUCUCAACGGGUACUGGAUGGACGUCGGCCAACCCAAAGACUACCUGAAGGGCCUCCAUCUUUACCUGGAUUCGAUGGCCAUUAGGCAGUCGUCCCUCCUGGCGCAUGGCCCUGGCAUCUCCGGCAAUGUGCUUGUGGACCCAACCGCCAAAAUUGGGGAGGGAUGCCUAAUCGGUCCGGACGUGUCUAUUAGCGCCGGAUGUGUCAUCGGCAACGGCGUGCGUCUCAGCCAUUGUGUCAUCAUGCGGGGCGUGCAAAUCAAAGACCACACCAAGGUGGACCUGAGUAUCAUUGGCUGGGACAGCCGUGUGGGUGCUUGGAGCCGACUGGAGAAUCAUUGCGUGCUCGGAGAGGACGUGCAGUGCAAGGACGAGUUGUACCUCAAUGGAGCUGUUGUCCUGCCCCACAAGGAGAUCAAGGACUCUGUUCCGGCACCCGCUAUCAUCCUUUAAUGCUGGAUGGAUAUGCCAGACAGCCUACACCCCCGAGAUACCCCUGCCUUUUCCAUCAGAUUCAGCAACCUGGGUUUAUUGUCUGGAGUCGUUUUUACCUCCUUGCUUUAGGUUAACUGUUCGAAGUAGCCGGGUCUGUGGCAUUUGGCCUCAUAGCAUGGAUUGGAUUUUGCCCUUCGACGCUUUGGCUCAACGCAGGCUCAGUGGCCGAUAUACUUGUCGAUGCUUUAUAGGUUUUUUUAUAACCUUAACACCACCGGAAAGGUCAGGAUGACAUUGCAAGCACCGAUCGGGAAUAUGCCAAUCCUGUUACCUCAUGCUGCAUCCGCUGGCCUGCAUGAUGUUAGCAGGAUGUGCGUCCUGUCCGUUGAGCGGACUGCUGUGCACUUUCAUGGGUCAGUUACUCAGUUCUGUCAGAAUGAGCUGCAUCAAGACUUUCGUCCACACAUAACGCAUCGCUUUUAAUACUCAUGGGUGCGUAUUUGACGACGGCUGUGUGUCUCGUGUGUCCCUGCGUGCUUAGCUGACGUGUUGUGCAUUUAAAUGACGUUUUAUUAUUGCUGUGCAGUACAGUGAAAUGCCUCACGCGGGCGGCUUUAACGUUUGUAAGAGUCGCCAAAGU